AAUACUAUUUAUUCUAAUGUGUGGAUCGUUUCAGGAAAUACGACAUCAAGUACGAGCAUCUGUCUGGAUUAUGCGAUGAGGAUCUCGUUGUGUUAGGGUUGAAGAGCAAAAAAAUCCGAGAGGAAGUGCUGGCUGAGAUUGCGGUUUUGCCAAAUCAGAUGGACCACUAUGACCAAGCCAUCAAAUCGCUCAACAUCCAGGAUUACGCCAGAGACAUUUUGACGAACGUUCAAUCGCACCUGGACAGCCUCUGUGCGCUUCUGACCCUAACCCAGCUGAAACUAUCUGCACAACACGUGGAAAACGUACAAAUAGAAAACGAUAAGUAUGCUUCGGAGGCAGCGGUGAGUAUUUGCGAAAAGCUAGCGAUGAAAAGUGGCGAGAUAGAGCAGUUCAUCAAAGAGUUGAAAAAGGGACGAUUCUCUCGGGAUAACAUUCGUUCGAAGCACAAGAGUAGUAAUAGAGCUGGUAGUCAUCUCAACAAAGUUUUGUUGGCCUCUCUAUGGACCAAUACACGAGUUCACUAAUUUGACAUUUGAGCGGUGCUGAAUUCAUUCGUUGCUAUGGUCACGUAAAUAACAUGGCACCGCUCAAACGUCAAAUAGUGAACUCGUGCAUCGGUCCAUUGAUCGGCUGUGCUUACUUCGGUUUCAGGAAUUUCAAGCAUUUAAUUAAGUAGACGUGCCAAAUGGUUAUGUACUUUCAAAUACAUUAUACGCUAAGUAACAAUCAAA